AUGAAGUUAAAAGCAGCGGCGAGUGGAUUGGUGGUCUUCCUUCUCUCUGUGCAAGCGGUUCAGGGUCAGGAUGACUGGGGAGUGACUUACUCUUCUACUGAGAUCUGUGCCGUGAAAGGAUCAACAGUGGAGAUAAGAUGCAGCUACACAUACCCAUCCAGAUGGAAAGGAAGUGAUAACACAGUACAGAAAACAUUCUGGUUCACUCAGAAGAAAGGUGGUGAACCUGUAGAUCUGACCACAGAGUCCGAGUAUGCAGGUCGUGUAGAGGAUCUCUGUGAAAACAACAUCUGCACUCUGAGAAUCAGAAACCUGAGAGAGAGCGACUCAGCUGAGUACAGGUUCAGGAUCAUAACAAACCAAGACGUUUAUGCUAGUGAACCAGUCACUCUGUCUGUCACAGGUCUCCAGGUGAAGGUGACCAAAACAAGUUCCUGUGCAGGAAGCUGUAUAUAUGCAACCCUGAAGUGUCUCAGCAGUUGUCCUCGAGCUUACCAUCGUUCCUACAUCUGGUACGAGAAUGGACUGAAAUCACCAAAACAAGGAGAAUCUUUUUAUGACUAUUUCUAUCCUAAAGAAAGCUAUGCCUGUGCUGUUAAAGGAUAUGAGAAUUCCCCCUCUCCUUCAGUGUGUGUUAAUGGUCAAGACUGCAAUACAGUGGCUUACAGUGAAAGAAGCAUCUGUGCCUUCAACGGAUCUUCAGUGGACAUUUCCUGCACAUACAGCAGUAAUGAAUAUGUUCAAUCUACAUUCUGGUUCAGUCCUGAGCGUAGUCAUCAGGACCUUAGUGAAGACUCCCAGUAUGCAGGUCGUGUUCAGAUCCUUGAAACAGAGAGAGGACGCUCCACUCUGAGGAUCUCUGACCUGAGAGACUCAGAUUCAGCUCAGUAUCUCUUCAAAUUCAAAACACCAAGCUUUGCAUGGAGGAGUGAUUUAUCUGGAACAACUCUGACUGUCACAGCUCUGCAGGUGCAGGUGAUCACAGCAACAGUCCAGCAGUCUAAUACCUUAGCAGAGCUGAAGUGUCACAGCAGCUGCAGUCCAGCCGGUGUUUCCUACGUCUGGUUCAAGAACGACGAGAAAAUCAUGAAGACGGUGACAUUUUCUUAUAAAGGCUUGCUUCACCACGCAGACAGGAUCUCAUGUGCUCUGGAAGGACAUGAAGGCUUCCCCUCUCCUGCAGUGUAUGCUCCGAGGCACCCUUCUUUGUCAAGACCCUCUGCUGAGAUAAAGGAGGGCAGUUCAGUGACUCUGACCUGUAGCAGUGAUGCUAACCCAGCAGCUAACUACACCUGGUACAAGAGGAAUAGCAAUGCAGACGUUCCUCCUCUCAGUGAAGGACCACAGCUUGUCUUUAACUCCAUCCAGGUUUCUGACUCUGGGCAGUAUUUCUGUUCAGCUGAGAACGAGCUGGGGAGGGGGACAUCUAAUUACAUCUCUAUUGAUGUGAAAUAUGCUCCGAGGGUUCCUUCUGUGUCAGUGAGUCCCUCAGAGGACAUAAAGGAAGACAGUUCAGUGACUUUGACCUGUAGCAGUGAUGCUAACCCAGCAGCUAACUACACCUGGUACAAAGGGAGGAGAAAUCCCGACCUUCCUCCUCUCAGUGAAGGACCACAGCUUGUCUUCAGCUCCAUCAGUUCCUCUGACUCUGGACAGUAUUGCUGUACAGCUGGGAACAAGCUGGGGACGAAGGCAUCUAAAGACAACUCUAUUGAUGUGCAUUAUGCUCCAAAGAUUUCCUCUGUGUCAGCGAGACCCUCUACUGAGAUAGAGAUUGGCAAAUCAUUGCAGCUGACCUGUAAAGGUAGCGCUAAUCCAGCAGCUAACUACACCUGGUACAAGGACAACCAAACACUGCCUGGGGGGUCAAAAGACAUUUAUCAACUCGCCUCUAUCACCUUAGAGGACAAAGGGAACUACCACUGCGAGUCUAAGAAUAAGUACGGCCAGAUCAACUCUACAUCAGUACACAUAGAUGUCCAAUAUGGUCCAAAGCUCCCCUCUGUGUCAGUGAGUCCCUCUGCUGAGAUAGAGGAGGGCAGUUCAGUGACUCUGACCUGUAGCAGUGAUGCUAACCCAGCAGCUAACUACACCUGGUACAAGAAGAAUGAGGACUCUCCGAAAGCUUCAGGACAGAUCUUCAACAUCACUGAUUUCAGAGCUGAACACAGUGGGAGUUAUUACUGUGGAGCCCAGAACAAGUUAGGACGUCUUAACUCCACCUUAAAUCUGAGUGUUGUGGCAGGUUCAAUGAAAACAAUAGCUGCUGGAUCAAUAACUGCUGUUAUUGUGUGUAUCAUAUUCCUCAUUGCCUUUCUGUUGAUUAGAAGAAAGAGGUCCUCGAAACCAUCCACGGAAGCUGGAGAGAGACCAGACAACGACGCUCAGGUACGCAUGUAUGACAGCCCUUCAGCUGCAGUACAGAAUACAACACCAGAGCAGGAGGCCGAGGUUUGCUAUGCCAGCGUGAGAUUCAUUAAAAACCAGGAAGAGGCUCUCUACUCCAACAUCAAGCCCGCUCAUCUCCGCAGACACAAGAAGGACGAGAAGGACAUGGAGGAUGAUGUUGACUACUCUACUGUCACAUCUAAAAGUCACAGUGCUACUGCAGAAUCAGAGCGUCAUGAGGCUGCGGAGGAUCCAUCUGCAUUGUACAGCAUAGUCAACAAAAAACCAAGAGUAUUGACAUAACAUCUAUGUUCUCUUAAACAGUGUUCAAACAGUUUAAACAUACAUGUAUAAAUAUAAGGUCUGAGUUAUGACAUUCACUGCUAGAUUACUAGUAUCAUGUAGCUAACGUAUGCUGAAGCUUGUAAUUUAUAAAUACCAAUACAGAAAAACUAUUUUUAAGCUUGUCAAAGUAGCCUACAUUUCUCUAUGUACAAUAUAUAUUUACCACAAUCUUUUUCUGCUCUGCUGUUCAGUUUAAUUGCCUUUUUAUUGUUUUACAUUUUGAUAAUAUUCAUUUUAUUCAUAUUUAACUUAUCCUUCAUUAUCAUCUUUGGAUAAAAGUGUCAGCUAAAUUACAUUUAACGUAAGUAAUACUAACAGUAUUAGCAUCACAGUAUACUUGAAGAACUAAAUGAAAAGUACUGUACUUACUGUACUGUAGGGGAGAGUGGGGUAAUAUGAGCCAAUUGUUUACUUAUAUUGUCCUCUAGGCAAGGAACAAUUUGAUUAAAGUAAAAUGAAAACAA